AUGUUUCUCCAUAAAAAUGGAUGUAUGUGGAAUGAGUCAACAUGCCGAAUAGCGGCAAUACAUAAAGAUUUGGAAUGUCUAAGAUACGCUAGGCAGGAGGGCUAUCUAUGGGACUCAGAGGUUUGCGAGGAAGCGGCGGCAAGAGACCACCUCGAGUGUCUCAUCUUUGCCCAUGAAAAUGGGUGUGUUUUGACCGAACGGACCGGUGUUUUGGCAGCGAGAAACGGCCACCUCCACAUACUUCAGUAUUUAUUUAGCCAUGGCUGCCCCUGGAACGAGGGUACGUGCUCCGACGUGGCAGAAAGAGGUCAUCUUGACUGUUUAGUGUACCUUCACGAAAAAGGGUGUCCGUGGGAAAGUUUGACGUGCAUACUGGCCGCAGCCAACGGCCACCUAGAAUGUCUUAUCUACGCUCACGAAAAUGGCUGUAAUUGGGAUCAUUUGACAUGCAAGGCAGCAGCUGUAAGAGGCAACCUAAACUGUCUAGUAUACGCCCAUAAGCACGGAUGUAUGUGGACCGAGUCUACAUGCAUAGCAGCCGAGCAAAACAACAAGCUGGACUGUCUCGUAUACGCCCACAAGAGCGGGUGCCCCUUGACCAAACAUACUUAUGAUGCGGCCCAACCGCAACCAUUCCAUAACUUCCACAACACUGACUGCCUCGAGUACAUCAAUCGCGUUUUAAAUCUGUCCUAA